CUUUAAAUAUUUGUUCUAAAUAACAGCGAGUUAGCUAAGACUCAGUUGGCUCAAGGAGCGAUAGGAUUAUUUGUUCGUCAAUCGAUUUUUGAGGGAAAAAAUUACCACAUAUGGAAGUGGCGCUUAUCUUCUAAGUAAUUGGGAAUAGCUGUCAAAUACAGCAGAAGAGCAAAGUCUUUCAGUUAGCGAUUAGUGUGACAAUUCAGCCCUCAAGUUCAAUUUCAACUGUUCCUAAUCUGUCUUAUCUUGGAUCUUGCCUUCAGGUAAAUUAGUCUGAGUAUCUUCAUUUAAACGUUUUACCUUCUUUGAAUUACAGUGGCAAGUUACGGUGAGAGAAAGUGGACGUCCAGUGACAGUUUGAUUGGAUUCCCACUCAAAGGAAAGACUAUUGACGCACGAGAAAAUGGGACAACGUACGAGCUCCGAGUGAAUAAAAGUUUGAGGUGACUUCAGAAUUAACAGCGCCGACACAAUGGACGAAACUUCGGAUUCACAUGCAAACAAUAAUCAUUCGAAUGUUCCGAACGGCAACUGUAGCUCCUCUUCGUCUUUAUGUGAGUCAUGCAGUCGUGAUUUGGCCGGAGACAGACAUGUUCAGAAAGACAGGCUGAGUUUCUGUGUGGGCUGCUACGAGGAGAGAUAUGCGAACACGUGCUACAGUUGCAGCCACAAAAUCAGAACAGAUUCAAAGGAUCUGGCGUACCAAAACAAACACUGGCACGAGCGUUGUUUUCUCUGUGCCCACUGCAGUGUGCCUCUCAUAGACAAACUGUUCGGAUCCAACGAAGACAAAUUGUACUGCGAAGUGUGCUAUGAAGAACUAUUUGGUCUGAAGUGUGACGCUUGUGCGAAGCCGUUCAAAGCCGGUGGUAAGAAGUUGGAGUGGAAUGGCCAGCAGUGGCAUGAGGAGUGUUUCCAGUGCACCAAUUGCACCACUGUGAUUGGCUGCAGCUCCUUCCUCCCCAAAGACACCAGUCCCUACUGUGUGCCCUGCUUCAACAAACUAUUCGCUCCCAAGUGCUCCAACUGCUCUAAGGCCAUAAUGACUGGUGGAAUCAUUUAUAAGAAUGAGCCCUACCACAAAGAGUGCUUCCACUGCCACAACUGCAACAAGAAGCUAGACAAGGAGAAGUUCACUUCGAGAGACGACCAGCCAUAUUGUACUGAGUGCUUUGCUGAGUUGUUCUCCAGAAGGUGUACACAUUGUAACAAACCAAUCACGGGUCCAGCAGGCACAAAGUUGAUCUCUUUCGGGGGUCGGUUUUGGCACAAUGAGUGCUUCAACUGCAGUUGCUCUUCUUGUGGAAACACCAAUCUGGUCGGCAAGGGUUUCGUCAUGGACCAACAGGACAUACUAUGUCCAGACUGUGGGAAACUUCCAUUUCAAAAACGAAAAACAAACACCAAUAAUAAUAACGAAAACAAUGUUGACAACAAAAAUAGUAACCUUGGACGAAAGAAAGCAGACAAUGGAAAUGCGAAUACUGGAAACGGUUUACAAGAGAUCUCGUCUGUGAACAAAACUCCAUAAUUAUUUCUAUGAGUUUGUAUAAAAGUUUUUUGGCCAUCCUAUUUUUGUUACUUGUUUUAUGCUUUGAAUACUGUAUUGGAUCAGAAUUUACUUAAAUUUGAUAAAAUUUUUGAGUUAGUCACCACUUGUUAUCAUUGAAUUAGUCACCAUUAGAUACCAGAUAUGCUUACGUUGUUAUUUGAAUACAAC